AUGGUAAGCAAAAGAUUCAAAAAAACUAUUAUAUCUUCUACUUAUAAUUCUCAAUACCAACUUAACACUAAUGAUGAUGAAUCAUUAUUUAUUAUUAUUAUUAAUAAUAAUAAAGAUGAACAAGAAUAUAUGGAAAUGAAAUCGUCACCUGAUUUAAUAGCUGAUGAUUAUUCAAUAUCUCAAAAAGAACCAUCAAUGCAUUCAAAUUCAGUGCAUGAAAAUUAUUAUUAUUCUUCCUCAGAUAAUCCUUUGAGUGGAAAGUCACUUUUUGUCUUUGGUCCAAAUAAUCCAAUUAGAAGAUCUCUUUAUUUCAUUUUGAAUAAUCCAUGGUUAGAAACCUUUAUAUUAUGUUUAAUUAUUACCAAUAUUAUUUUAUUGAUUGUUGAUUCUUGGACUCCUCCACCUGACGGUGUUAAUCCUCGUAGAACAACUUGGGGGAGUUCUAUUAUUGAUUAUAUGUUAUUGUCAAUAAACAAUAAUCAAUAUGUUUCACGAGUUAUCGCCCAAAAUUUAGGCUUCAAAUCAGCAUUCCUUCGACAUUCUUUUAAUCGACUUGAUUUGAUAGCCGUAACAUCUUAUUGGAUAGAUUUGUUACUCAUAUUUUUUGGAAUACAACAUUUUUACUUAUUUAAAUCAUUAUCAACUCUUAGAAGUUUAAGACUUUUAGCCAUAACUAGUGGUGGAUCCACUAUAUUACAAUCAUUGAAAAAAGCUGCUCCAUUAUUAAUAAAUGUGGCUUCUUUCAUUGGUUUCUUUUUCGUUCUUUUCAGUAUUAUUGGUGUACAAGCUUUUAAAGGAUCAUUAGGUAGACGCUGUGUUUGGAUUAAUCCAAAUAAUGGUAGCAAUUUUACAUUGGAAGAACAAUAUUGUGGUGGUUAUAAAAAUGAUAGUAUCACUUAUCCAUUUGAUGGAUCUUCUUUGUCUUAUGCCAAAGGAUACAUUUGCCCUGUUGGACAAAUUUGUAAGGAAGUAGGAAAUCCUUCAAAUGGUUUAAUUUCUUUUGAUAAUGUUGGAUUUUCCAUGAUACUGGUUUUUCUUAUUGCUUCAACAUCAAAUUGGUCAGAUCUUAUGUACAAUAUAAUAGAUUCCGAAUUUAUGUGGUCAUGCAUAUUUUUCAUAAUAGCUAUUAUUGUAUUAAAUUUUUGGUUACUUAACUUAUUCGUGGCUGUAAUAACUAGUAUAUCAACUCCUAUUUUAUUAGAAGAAGAGGAAGGAUGGUCUUUUCAAGAUGAUUUAUUUGUUAUGGCAUAUAGAACAGCUUAUAUGAGUCCUGAAUUUGCUUCAUUUUUAGAUCAUACAGAAUUAACUUUCACAAUAAUCUUAGCUAUUGAAAUAUUAUUAAGAAUUUGUUCAUAUCAUCCGGAUUAUUCUCGAUUCUUAUAUUCCAAGAAAAAUACGGUGGAUUUUUUUUUGGUCGUGAUCACAUGUGUUAUCCAAGUUCCAGUAGUUAAAAAUUCACCAGCUUAUUCAUGGUUAACAGCAUUUCAAAUUGCUAGAGUGUAUCGUGUUGUAAUUGCAAUUCCUCGAUUAAGAAAUAUGUUGAUGAGAGUGUUGGGAAGUGUGGCUGGUAUUGCAAAUUUGAUUUUCUUUAUUUUGAUGGUAAAUCUAUUUGCUGCAAUAGCUGGAUUGCAAUUGUUACAGGGAUUUAUUCCAAAUGAUGGCACAAAUCUAAUUACUUUUGCUGACAUUUUCAAUAGUUUUAUAGCAUUUUAUCAGCUAUUUUCUGGAUCAGAUUGGACAACAGUGUUUCGUAAUGUAUUGGAGUAUUAUUCUAAACUUGGGAAUACCGUGACGGCUAUUAUAGCUGCUUUAUUCUUAAUGGCAUACAUCGCUGUAUCCAAUUCGGAAAAUUUUGAAAUAGUUGAAGAAGAAAAACAUUUAAAACAGAUUCAAGCAUUUAAACAAAAAUCCGUUCCAUCGGUAGAUAAAGAUGAUGUCAUGUAUCGAUGGAAUUUUUAUCGAUAUUUUGAAUCUAAACCGAAAGCAAUUUCGGUUGAUAGUAUUCCUUCUAAUUUAAUUUUACCUACCCAAAAAAAUGAUGAAAUUACUUUACUUGAACGAAAAUCAGAAAGACCAAGUUUACAUUAUGAGGAAACUAAAGGAAAUGUUGAUACAAUAAAUGAACCAAUAACGGAACAACAACAUAAUGAGACAUUUAUUGAUGAUUAUCAAGAACGUCAAGCUCUUAAAGCUGAUUUUAUUGCAGCUCAUCCUGAUUACGAUGCUUCCCUUUGGCUUUUUUCUUCUCGUAAUCGUUUUAGACGUUUUUGUCAACGUUUGGUACCUUCUAGUUAUGGUCGACGUGUUCAAGGUUUACCUCCUUCCCAAACUUUAAGUUUUAUAUUUAGUGCAUUCAUUUAUGUUUGUAUCGUGGCAAAUGUUAUUCUUGCUACUAUCGUGGUUCCUUCUUAUCAAAAACAAUAUUUUCAAGAAAAUGUAAUUGCUGAUGGAUUCUUAUUAACCCCAAAUGCCGUUUUACUUAAUGUUUGGAAUGUUCUGGAUUUAUUCGUACUUACCACUUUAUAUGCUAAUAUUAUUAUUGGUCCAACUAGUAGAUUUGGGGCUCCAAAAAUUAUUCGAUCAUUUAAAUCACUUCGAGCUUUAAGAUUAAUUAAUUUAAAUAACAAAAUUAAAGAUACUUUUUAUUCCAUUUUAAUAGCUGGAGCUCCAAGAAUUUUUGAUGCAUUAUUUUUAACACUUUGUUUAAUUAUUCCAUUCGCUAUUUAUGGUACAAAUAAUUUUGCCGGAUAUUUAUAUAGUUGUAAUGAUGAUUUCGAUAUUAAUAAUAUUAAUGAUUGUGUAGGGGAAUUUGAAACUUCCCCAUUUAAUUGGAAUUAUUUAGUUCCAAGGAUUUGGGCUAAUCCUUAUCAAUAUAGUUUUGAUUCAUUUAAAUAUAGUUUAUUAAUUUUAUUUGAAGGAGUAUCAGGAGAAGGUUGGAUUGAUGUAAUGGAAUCCGCUAUGCAAAUUACUGGAAGGGAUCAAAGUCCUAAACCUAAUUCUAGUAAAUGGAAUGCAUUAUUCUUUUUGGUAUUUAAUUUAAUUGGAUCCGUAUUUGUUAUAACCGUAUUUAUUAGUGUGAUCAUGGCCAAUUUUCAAAAGAAAUCAGGGGCGGCUUAUUUAACCGAAGAACAAAAGAGAUGGAUUGAUUUAAAGAAAUUACUUAAACAAAUUAAACCAUCCAAGAUACCCAAGGAUCGACCCAAUAAUUCAUUUAGAGCUUUUUGUUAUGAUUAUGCAUGUCGGAAAAGAGGAUUAUUAUCAAAUAUUAUGAUAGGAAUUUAUAUAAUGCAUAUCCUUUUACUUAUGACCGAAUUUUAUAAAGCUCCAAGAUGGUGGGAAUUAGUGAGAACCAUAGUUUUCUUAUUAUUUAUUGGAAUCUAUAUAUUAGAAAUUACAAUGAAAUUAUCAGGAUUAGGUUGGAAAGUAUUUAAAUCGAAUCAUUGGAAUUUAUUUGAUUUGGUGGUAAUUGCGGGAGCAACCAUUACAACUGUAUCAAAUUUAGCUUUCACAAGAACUGACUUAACUUUUCAAUCACAAACAAGAACUGAUUUAACUAUUCAAUCACAAACAAUAACCGAUUUAAUUAUUCAAUCACAAAAAAUAUUUUUAUGUUUAAUUACAUUUAAAUUAUUUCAAAAAAGAAGUUUGCCUUCAAUUUUCAAUUUAUUUGCUGUUUGGUUUAUAGUAUUUGUCAUAUAUUCAAUAAUAUUUAUGGAAAUUUUCGGACUUACGAGAUAUGGACCAAAUGGAAGUGAUUAUGUGAAUUUCCGUUAUUUUAAUACUGCCAUGUUAACACUUGCUAGAAUGUCAACUGGGGAAGGAUGGAAUUUAGUAAUGCAUGAUUUUACCGUCAAAUCACCAAACUGUGUUCAAGAUGAAAAUUUCUUAAAUAAUGAUUGUGGAAGUCCUGCUUGGGCAUAUUUUUUAUUUAUCACAUGGAAUGUACUCUCAAUGUACAUCUUCGCUAAUAUGUUUAUCGGUUUAGUAGGAGAUAAUUUUUCUUAUUGUUAUCAAAUUGCUGCCGAAUUUUCUUUAGUUAAUCCUUGGGGUAAUUCUGAUAUCAAUAGAACUGGUUACAUAAAAAGUGAAGAUUUUGGUAAAUUCUUUGCGAAACUUGAAGGAGCUUUUGAAGUUCGAAUUUAUGAAGAAGAAUUUCAAAUACCAAAUUUAAUAAAAAAUUCAUUAGUAUUACAUAGUCAUCCCCCUGACUAUAAUCUAUCAGAUUGUUUCUUUUGUAAAAGUAAAACAAAUCUUUUAACCGUGGGAAAUCUUGAUGUCAGAAAAUUAGAACAAAAUCUUGAGAAUAUUAGUUUAUCUCACGUUUACCGACGAAAAAAGAUUUAUGAUAUGGUUUAUCAUGAAGCACUGUUAUCAACUGAAAAAGAUUUACUUGGAAAUGAAAAGGGAAUUUCAUUUACAAAUAUGCUUUUACUUUUAGCUUAUUAUAAGUUUGCCUCUGAUGAUAAAUGUUUAGAAAUCAAUGAGUUCGUAAAGAGAAAACUCAAAUUAGAAAAAGUAAAAGAUAGCGUUCACAUGGAUCAAGUGAAAUCUUUAUUAAGAACUAUUUAUUGGCAAAAGAAAUACAAAUCUUUGAUAGAAAUUAAAAGAGCCAAAGAAAGAACCACCAUCACAAGUGAAAAAGGAUUUGUUCCACUUAUUAUGGUUAAUAACAGUCCAGAAGCUCAAUCAACUCUUCCCACCCUUAAAAUCGACACAUUACCAACCUCAUCAUCUCCUUCCCUUCGAAUAAAUACUUCAAGAAUUGGACAUCAUAUAUCUAUACAAUCUUUACAAUCUUUUCAAUCAAAUUCUCCCACAACUCCAACAACUCAAUCACCAGGUUCUCCUAAUUCCCCGAAUUCAAUGUUUUCUGAAUUUCGUGAUUCGGAAUAUUUUAAUAAUUCGCCCCGAGGUUCAACAGGAGAUUUUGCUCUAUCAUUUGGAGGAGGAACUAGCAUUAAUUUUAUAGAUGCUAAUAGUACUGAUAUGGAUGAAAUGACGGCUGGUCAGAUUCUCAAUAGUCUCCAAAGCAAUCAUUGGCAUGAUGCAUUACGAGAAAUAUCACAAGACGAGAAUAGAAAUGAUUCAUAA